AACCUCCGUAUCUCAUCUGUGACAUGGGUGGAAGAGGGGACCCACUCCCGGGGCUCCCUGGGGACUCCCCAAGAGUCAUACCUGGCCUUUGGGGGUCCGAGGUAGAGGCCUAGCUGCUCACAGGCUCGCCGUGCUCCGUGACAUGUCAGCUUCCUGUUUCCCCUCCCUCAGGGGCAGCUUCAAAAGCCCAGCACGCUCUCAAAACAAAGGAAGACGGGUCCUCAGGUCCUCGACUGCAGAGGAAGCAGGAAGAGCCGACCCCGCUCGGAGCCCAGCUGCUGGGGCCUGGGGACAGCGGGAUGGAGUCCGUGGCCCUGUACAGUUUCCAGGCCACGGAGAGUGAUGAGCUCGCCUUCAACAAAGGGGACACGCUCAAGAUCCUGAACAUGGAAGACGACCAGAACUGGUAUAAGGCUGAGCUCCGAGGCGCUGAGGGCUUUAUUCCCAAGAAUUACAUCCGCGUCAAGCCUCACCCGUGGUACUCGGGCAGGAUUUCCCGGCAGCUGGCAGAAGAGAUUCUGAUGAAGCGGAACCACCUGGGAGCCUUUCUGAUCCGGGAGAGUGAGAGCUCCCCGGGGGAGUUCUCGGUCUCUGUGAACUACGGCGACCAGGUGCAGCAUUUCAAGGUGCUACGCGAGGCCUCUGGGAAGUACUUCCUGUGGGAAGAGAAGUUCAACUCCCUGAACGAGCUGGUGGAUUUCUACCGCACCACCACCAUCGCCAAGCAGCGCCAGGUCUUCCUGCGGGACGAGGAGACCCCGCUCAAGGCCCCCCAGGCCUGCUUUGCCCAGGCCCAGUUUGACUUCUCGGCCCAGGACUCCUCACAGCUCAGCUUCCACCGCGGGGACAUCAUCGAGGUCCUGGAGCACCUUGACCCCCACUGGUGGCGGGGCCGGUUGUGCGGACGCAUUGGGUUCUUCCCUCGGAGCUACGUCCAGCCGGUGCAGCUGUGACCGGGGUGCGGCCCGGGGGCGGGGGCAGAGCCUGCAGUCCAUCCAUCCACGAGAUACUGAGCUCUGGAGAGAAGACGUGGACGCCCCGUCCCUGGGUCCCACGGGGCUCAGCCGAGGGUCUUGGACCAGAACGUGGGCCUCGUCACUGCCGGGCCCGGGCGCCCGCCGCUUUGCACAAACUGGG